ACAAAGGCAGCUACAAUUUGAGUGAACAUCAGUGGUCUGAAGUUUUUGCCAUACAAGGCACUGAAGCAACAGCUAUCAUGGUUGAGCAUGGCACAGCCUUUCCCAAUGGUACAGUCACCUGGAACCCUGAGGUGAAUGCAACAAACAGUUCCUGCCCUUGGCCAGAAGAGUGGCAAUGGGUGCUUCAAAUCCAGCCUGCCUUUCUCUGGCUUAUUGCUAUAGUGGGAGUGGUGGAAAAUUUAUUUGUUCUCAGUGUUUGGUGCUUCCACAAAAGCCGCUGCACUGUGGCUGAAAUUUACCUGGCAAAUUUAGCAAUGGCUGACCUUCUGUUGCUCUGUGGUUUGCCUUUCUGGGCUAUCAACAUAACCAAGAACUUUGAUUGGCCAUUUGGGCUCAUCCUUUGCAAAAUUGUUAACACAAUGCUUUUUAUGAACUUAUAUUCAAGCAUUUAUUUUGCAGUAAUGGUGAGUAUUGAUCGCUACUUGGCCUUGGUGAAAACAAUGUCUCUGGGACGCAUGCGCCAGCCAAUGUGUGCCAAAUGGAACUGUCUUGUGAUUUGGGUUUCUGCCCUUUUCCUUUGCUCUCCUGUUCUGGUAUUCAGAUCAUUAAAGUAUGUGCAUGACUAUAAGGUCACGGCCUGCAUUUUGGAAUAUCCAUCUAUUACCCAGUGGGCGAUUAUCACAACUGUUUUGUUGAACACAGUGGGCUUUCUGAUGCCAGUCUGUAUCAUUACCUACUGUACUGUUCAAAUCAUCCAAGCUUUACAAAACCAUGAAAUUCAAAAGAUCAAAUCCAUUCAAACUGAGAAAAAAGCCACCAUCCUGGUUCUUGCAGUCCUUCUUCUGUUUAUUAUCUGUUGGCUUCCAUUCCAGAUCAGCACCUUCUUGGACAUGUUACAUCGAAUAAAGUUCAUUAUUGGUUGUGAUGCAGAACAAGCCAUUAAUGUGGCUAGCCAGAUUGCUGUCUAUUGCGGUUUCAGCAAUAGUUGUCUUAAUCCAAUAGUCUAUGUCAUCGUAGGCAAACAUUUCCGAAGGAAAUGCAAGGAGGUCUACUUGGGCAGAUUUCCUCGAAGACAUAGCUCAGCCCCAUCUGUCCAGACAGUGACAACCAUGGAAACUGUCCAAACUUCCUUUUCAGUAGAAAAUCAAAGGAAAAAAUCUGAUGUUAGUUUAUCUCAAAAGCAUAAUUUGCUUGUUUCAUGAGGAAAGACAAGAGUUUAAAUAAAAGUAUGGUUUUACAUGGAGCCUCAUUUUCAGUGAUAUGGACUAAUUCAUUACUGAUUAAACUUUGUGGAAGUUGACAUUGGUUUGCAUAGGACAUCAGCUCCAGCCAACUAAUGGGGAUCAGUUAUUAUGUUUGUAUGUGUUUGCUUGUAUAUGUGUCUAUGUGUGUAUCAAAUAUCUGCAUCAUGAAGAUCCUCUUCAGAAGAGAUCUUUCAUCUUUCUGCAAAGAAAAAUCAUCUAUGUCUGCUACAGCAUUUUAAUAGGAUAUUCAGAGAUUCCCAAAUACUUGGGAAAUCUGAUGCACUCCUGUGUUUUUUGCUCUGGACUCCUUGCUCUUCUGCCACAAGAACUCACCCUAGCCACUGUAUGGUUCAUUUUUGCUUGGACAUGAGAGUUGGCAUAAAUCCUAUUCAGAUUUCACAGUGAAUAUGUGAAAAGGAGAAGAUGAUUGUGUCCUGCUGUGAUUUCCAUGCAAAAAGCUUAACAUCUGCAAGUCACAUUAAGUUUUGUCUCAGCUCUUACUUUUCUGCCAGAUAAGGGUAAUCAGUUGUGCACCUGUUUACCCGUCAGGCUCUUUUGACAAAGUCUGGUACUCAGGAAGCAUGCCUAUUGAAUGCAUGUUCAGUUCUCUUUUCUUUAUCCAUAUAGUCACCAUGACUGGGAGCUAGGGCUAUAGUGUAUUCCUAGAGUUGCUUCAGUAAUUCAGUUGUCUGAUAAAUGGAUUAACCUCCAUCUGCUCGCUCUAUGGUAGUUAAUGGGAAUGGAGGAUAGCAGAGGGAGAUAGUCGUGGGUCAUAGGGAAGGAUCUGGAAGUACUGUCACUAUUGUUCUAUGACAUCAGCCAACAGAACUCCUCUUAUUGGUAGGGCCAGCCCUGAACGUAGUAAGAACGUGAACUGAGAAGUGCCAGAUUACCUUUUUUUUCUCAGCAAAUCACUAGCAGCUAGAGAAAAGUCUAAAAGUAGUGAUUCUUUCAGUUUGAGUCCUAUCUCAUUGGCAAUAGAAGUAUAAUCAAUGGCUUCACCUUACAGCAAGGUGAGCGGAAGGUAGAGCAGGAUACCUAUGAUUUGCCAAAGACCAAUGAAGGCUUUCAAUUACAAUGUAUUGUCGAAGGCUUUCAC